CUGACCCUCUCAGAGAUCGAGCACCACCUGUGGCGGGUGAGUCAGCGACCGGCGCAGACUGACCCCCGCAGCCGGUUUAGGGACAUUGUCAGCCUGAAAGACAGACCGACCGUUUCACUGGUGACAGAACAAAGUGUUUGCAGGAGCUGUCGACGUCCUCACACACUCAGUUAAUCAUCUGCCCACGCCAGGAUGCACCGCUCCGCUCUGCAGAAUCAGAGAAAUGUUUCCGCCUGUUUGUCAUCGCCGCUUUCCUGACUGGUCCGCGUAGACGCCGGUGCGUCGCAGCCGCUGCCGAUUGUUUUUCAAGUUUUCAUCGUCGCUUCCGUCUUUUGACAGUGCGAUAUUAAGGUGUGAUUUUCCCAGAGAAGCGCCUGGUGAUCGUUUUGUGGCCACAUGCAGUAAUGCGAGCAGAGGGGCUGGAGGCUGGCGGAGAGCGGGACUGAGCGGCGGAGAUCUCAACAGACACCGUGCGCGUCUUUCUUGGACACAUCUCGGAGAUAACUGGUUUGGCUUUCCGAGCCUGCGCUCCUUUUUUUCCUUGGCAUUGCGAUGUCUACGAGAAAGACAUCGUUGACGGACAAGCAGACUAAAAACGGAACGUCAAAAUAUGUGUUGGAGAGAUGCGCUUCUGUUAACGAGUAUUAUGAUAUUGCCUUCAAGGUGAUGCUGCUGGGAGACUCGUCCGUGGGGAAGACGUGCGUCUUGGUGCGCUUUAAAGACGGGGCAUUUCUGGGAGGCAACUUUAUAGCCACCGUUGGAAUAGACUUUAGGAACAAAGUGGUGGAUGUUGACAACCUGAAAGUCAAACUCCAGAUCUGGGAUACAGCCGGCCAAGAGAGAUUCCGCAGCGUAACACACGCCUACUACAGAGAUGCCCAGGCGUUACUUCUGCUUUAUGAUAUCACCAGCAAGCCAUCAUUUGACAAUAUCAGGGCUUGGCUGACUGAAAUACACGAGUAUGCCCAGAAGGAUGUGGUCAUCAUGUUGCUCGGCAACAAGUCAGACGUGGCUGCAGAGAGGGUCGUGAAGAAGGAGGACGGAGAGAAGCUGGCGAAGGAAUAUGGUGUACCAUUUAUGGAGACCAGUGCGAAGACAGGACUCAAUGUGGAGCUGGCCUUUCUCGCUAUAGCAAAGGAGCUGAAGCACAGAGCAACACAGCAGCCCAAUGAACCCAAGUUCCAGAUACACGACUACAUCGAGUCUCAGAAGCAGAAGUCUGGCUGCUGUAGCCUCGUGUAGCGCAUCCUGAUCACCAGGCAGAGAGAGACACACAGGAAGAGAGAGAAAGCGAGAGAGGGAGAGAGGGAGAGGGGGAGAGGGAGGGCGGUAAAAAUGUCAGCUCUCUUACAAAAAGCCAAUCCCAGCACCAAACCUGAGAAGCGGACGCCCUUGUCUUCUCCACUGAGAUUAUAACUGAAUGGAAUCUGGAUUGGCCGCCAUCCCUUAUCUGAAAUGUGAAUUUAAAUCUCUUUAUGUCAUGCGUAGAAAUGUUUGUGGUCUUUGUGGUGACAGUUGUAUCAAACUACAAGUCAGGAGUUACAAUCUGAAAUGCUAUAUCCAUCUGCAGGGACAGAAAUACACAUAUUUAUAAAUCUACUCUGCAUAUCUGCAAACUAAUGGAGUGUAGGGGGUCUGACCGUGUGGCUACAUAGUUUGUGACAAAGGGGGUCAAGGGACACAAGGGACACUGACUGACCACCGCUCAGUGUAGCAUGAAUUGCGUAGUGAUGAGAAGGCCCACUUCUUUUAAACCUGCCAUUAUCAUACAAAAACAAUAUAACAUAGCCUAUAUAAUAUAUAUAAGCAAUAUAGCCAUCAUGAACGUACCUUUUUGCCAAUAUUUCUUUGGCUCAGUGGGUUUGUACUGUUCUACUGGGUUAGCUUGCUGAGUAAGAGUCUGUCGCUGAGAAGCAGCUCUAACUCGUUCUUUGGGGUGUAGGAAGUUCUACACACACCCCUCGAGUCCAAAGUUAACCGAAAGUUUAGCUGAGCCAAAAGAUAACUUCUGGAAACCUGGCUCUUAUGCACAACUGCGCAUGCACCACACAGAGGUGGGAUUUUGGAUCCACUUCUGCUUGCGAAUCAGGUUAACUCGUGCCUCUUUAAAAAUCGUUGAAAAAGAACAAUAUGUUCACAAAUCUAACACCACUCUGGUUAUCACUCCUCACAGCCCUGAGAAGAUACUGUAAGACUCCCUGUGUCCAUGCCGCAAAGACAGGGAGUGUGCUGACACUUUACCCGUCACUAGGCGCACUUUCAGGGCCCUCUGACAGAGUCACUGUGCAGAUAGGUGUUGUAGCUGGGCUAGUGGCUCUACUAUGACACACUUUGGUCGUAAUGACGCUGCUCGCGGUUAACUUUACUAUUCAUCACCCAUAAAUAUGUUGUUAAACUCUGAAUAGAGCACAGUUAUCGGCGGGCCCAUGUGUUGACAUAAAUACAGUUGAAUCAAACUUUCAAAUCCACAUAAAAGCAAAUUUUGAGCUGAAAAAGCAGUUUUUAUACACAAUAUGUGUCUAUUUUAACAUGCCAACAAGAAUCUAUGUGAUUAUUUGUGGAGUGCAUACAAAUAAUUUAUUUUAGGCAGGACCCUGCUUGACCUCAUGUUUGUAACAGUUAGAAUAACCUUGAUCCAGCGGCAGUAGUGACACUGAAAGGGAAAGUUUGGCCCUAUAGUCCCUGAACUGUCGCCUUUCAUCUCUCUGGAGUUUGCAGGCCUGACUCCUGAUAAAUGACAGUUUUAUAUGAAGAAUCAAUACUACUGUUGAUGGUUGUGGAUAUAGCAUUUUGCCAUGCAGCUCUUAGUUUGUUUUCAUCCCAGUUUUACCAGGCUGUGAACUGAAUCCCUCUUGGCCUUACAGUCUUUAUCAUUAUUCUUGAUAAUUCAGUGUGUUUGAGAAGUGGACUUCAGUCUCACAGUCAGAUUGUAGCUAAAAUGAUCCCGUCUGUUCACAUCUGUACUGCUGUUAGAAUAAAGCCAACAUUUUGAGGGCGCUCGCCCACUGUGUGUCUGUCUGUACAUUUAAUUCAGGGCCAGUGAAACGUACAUUACAUUACAGUCAAAGUACUGUACAUGUUACUGUGCUUGAGGAUCAUCCUACUGUUGCUACACUGCAAAGAGAUUAUCAUUGUUUUCUUUUUCUUUGGUUAUAGAUUCCCCGGCAUGCAAUCUGCCUUUUACCAGUAACACACAGAGAUGCACACAGCACCCGCAGACAUUGUUGUGUCUCCUUUAACGAUGGAUGUUGUUGUCUAGACUGUACCGAAGCUGUAUUUGUUCAUGCACCGCAUCGUGUAACUCGUUUAUUUGUACAAUGUUCAUUAUGAAUGUUUGCUUGUCGAACUUGCUCAAUGUCACAUUUGUCCCUCUUCUGAGGCGUCACGGUGAUCACAAAGUGCCAUGAAAAAGUGCUUUGUUAUCAUAUUAUAUAUAAAAAAAUAUAUUUUGUAAUGUA